CCCGUCACCGACACACUCCCACUCGUUUCGCCCCCAUCCUCCGCCGCCGUCCCCCCACAGAUCUCGCCGCGGCCGCCGCUCCCGCCAUGGCCGCGCGCCGCCUACUCCUCCUCCUCCUCGCCGCCGCGGGAGCCCUCGCGUUCCCCGCGGCGGCCGAGAUCAAGACGGAGUCCUUCCGGGAGGACCCGCGCGCCUCCAUCAUGUUCGAGAAAUUCGGCUUCUCCAAGUCGGGCGCCGUCCGGAUCAUCGUCACGGGCGCCGCCGUCUCCUCCCCCGUCGCGCGGGCGGACCCCAAGCAGCUGGGGUUCUUCCUCCUCUCCGACGAGUCCCUCCUCCACGCCAUCGACGAGGCGCAGGAGGGGCCCUCGCGGGAGAAGCGCGCCGCGGCGACCAGCGGCGGCGGCGAGGACCCCGACGGCGGCUCCGCCGGCGCCGGCGCCGGGUGCGUGCUCUCCAGCCCCUACGUCAAGAAGCUCUUCACCUUCCACGACAUGAAGGGCGGCCACUACAACAAGUCAUUCCCGGUCACCCGCCCCGACGAGUACACCCUCUUCUUCGCCAACUGCGCGCCGGAGGCGCUCGUCUCCAUGCGCGUCCGCACCGAGAUGUACAACGUCAACGCCGACGGCUCCAAGGAUUACCUCCCCGUCGGCCAGGCGCCCGUGCCGGCCAUCUACGGCUUCUUCGCCUUCUGCUACGCCGCGUUCCUCGCCGCCUGGGGGUACCUCACCCUCUCCCGCGACCGCGUCAACGCGCACCAGAUCCACCACCUCAUGUCCGGCCUCCUCGUCGCGCGCCUGCUCUACUGCCUCUCCGCAGCCGAGGACCAGCACUACAUCCGCGUCACCGGGACGCCGCACGGCUGGGACGUCGCCUUCUACCUCUUCCAGCUCGUGAAGGGUGUCGUCCUGUUCGCGGUGAUCGCGCUGGUCGGCACCGGCUGGUCCUUCUUGAAGCCCGUCCUGCAGGACCGGGAGAAGAAGGUGCUCAUGGCCGUGAUCCCGCUCCAGGUCACCGCCAAUAUCGCCGCAGCUGUGAUUGGGGAGACCGGGCCCUUCAUGCAGGGCUGGGUGACAUGGAACCAGAUCUUGCUGUUCGUUGACGUCGCCUGCUGCUGCGCGGUGCUCUUCCCGGUCGUGUGGUCGAUCCGGUCGCUCAGGGAGACAUCCAAGACCGACGGCAAGGCGGCGCGAAACCUCUCCAAGCUCACUCUCUUCCGGCAGUUCUACGUCGUGGUGAUUGGGUACCUUUACUUCACAAGGAUCGUCGUGUAUGCGCUCAAGACCGUUGCCAGCUACAAGUACCGGUGGGUGAGCAUCUUGGCAGAGGAGGUGGCCACCCUGGCGUUCUACCUGUUCAUGUUCUACACAUUCAGGCCGGCCGAGAAGAGCCACUACUUCUCUGUCGACGACGAUGAAGAGGAGGCCGCAGAGAUGGUGCUCCGGGAAGAGGAAUUCGAGCUAUGAAGAGAUGCAUCGGUUCACAAGAAUGGGUUGAACUCAGCCGCGGGAGCGGGAUCCGUCGCGGCGCCACGUUCGUUUGAUCUUCUCUCCCUGUCAUCUUGAUCAUACUUCACAAAUGCCAGGACAUAGCUCAUAGUGGUGUAUGUAUUUGCGGGGAUGUGAGAUUAUUUUGUUCCUCUUGUAGAUUUCAGGUUUUAGUACUUUACUGAUGAAACGCAGAUUACUUAACUUAUACCAUGUUCAAUGAGUUCUUCUUGCUUGCACUGCAAA